AUGCCUGCUCUACGAGCCUGCGAUCGAUGCUACCGGUACAAGGAGAAAUGCGUCUUUCAGGACCGCGGCUUCACCUGCUCUUUAUGCCGAAGGGUUGGCCGGGUGUGCACCACCCUCCGGUCGCCACGUCGCCAGGGUCGAAGGCCGACAACCAUGCGUCUGGGCCCAGACAGCUCUGUGCAAGUAUGGGAGGUCGCAAAUAGUAAGAUGGGCUCUCGCUCAGGCGAGAAUGUAAUCAUGGUUCGGUCGCUAGCAAGCAAAGGUGCGCCACGAGAUUGGUUCCCUGCUCCCUGCGAAACCAACGUCUUGACCACCCAUGCGCACUUCUUCGCAGCACCAGUGCCGGGCCCGUUCACGUACCGAUUCCAGGACAAUGUCAGUGAGGUGUUGCAGUCCUCGCCCAGAUUGAUCGCCGGGUUCUACUCGACCUACGACUUGUUCAUGCUCGGGCCAACGUUCGCGCCAAGGUACCGCGCCGCUAUCCGGCAUUCCUACAGCUCUGCGCCCACGCUCCUGCAAGACAUUUACGCGGCACUGUUCAAUGUUUGCAAAAGAGCCAAGUUAGACCCGGGCCCUUUGGACGAGUCAGACCUGGCGCCGGGAGCUUGGUCUCUGUGGAAACUUCGGAACAUGCGGAUUUGCGGGCCUCGGGACGCUCUCGCGACCAUGGCGCUCGGUCAGGCAUUGGCGGCAUUCGACUUCAUGACUGUCUGCAGAGGGCCGUCACCUAUCCUGAGAUAUGCCCUGACGGUCGUUCAACCAUGGUAUGAAGACUUGGCAGAAGACGCGGCGUUCGACCCGGUCACAAUCAGUCCAAUCUUUUGGGAUACCAUCUGGUGCUUGUUGAGGCGGGAAAUCCCCGUCCUCCAGUUCAGACUCGGAGAUCGAGUCGUGGUCCAUCAUGUGGCAGGCCUUUGCACCACAUUGUUGCCGAUACUCUACGAUCUCUGUGUGAUCAGCAACGAGCUCCAAGGCUGGGAUGCUUCUUCUUCUUCUUGGUCGGGCGCCAACGUUCGCAUUCAACAGAUUGAGCAGAGGUUGCUCUCGUGGAUGCCCAGGCCACCACCGGACUUCACGAGCAAGUUUUCAGAGCAGGAGAUCCUUGCUGUGAACGCGCAGGCUCAGAUGUACCGCUCUGCUGCGCUCCUGAUAGCCACUCGCCUCCUGAACCCGCUGGGCACCAACGAUGAUCUCGCCAGCUGGUACGCCCACACCAUUAUAUAUGAAUUUGCCGAGUAUCGAACGUCGACUGUGCCAGGGACACGACUACACAAUGUGGCCUUCCCGAUCCUCGUAGCCUCGAUGGAAAUUCCCGAUAUCCCGUCCGAGGUCUGGAAAAGCAUCACGUCGCUGGCCUUGGCUCCGCUCUGCCUCGCUAAGAUGCAGGCCAUGCGUGACCACAUCUGGGCAGAAAGACGUGCCGGAUCCACGAGUUUCAUGUUGGACUUGGUCAAUCAAGCGCCAUCAUUUGUCGUGAUGCCUUGA